AGCAUGUCGCGUUCAUAGAAUAAUACCAAAUAAUACAAUUUCUAAUCAUGGUAUCGGAAAGUGAAAAUAUGAAAAUAAUGAGUGAGAGUGUAAAAAGCUCAGUACUUAAAUCAAAAUAUUCAGGAGGAUCACAUAAUUUAGGUGAUCCAAAUGAUAAAAGUUUAAGAAAAGUAGAGACAGAAGUACUUAUACCACAGAAAAUGCGCCAAAAGGCUAAAGAGGAAAAAUGUUCAGAAGAAGUUAAAGAGUUUGCGAAGUGUUGUAAAGAUUCUAGCUAUUUAAUGGUCAUUAAGUGUAGGGAUCAGAAUUCUGCAUUGAAAGCAUGCUUAACAAAAUGGUAUACAGAUGAAAAAUUUAAAGAACUAUGUACACAAGAAUAUUUAGAGGAAAGAAGCACAUAUCGAAGGACUGGUAUAAAAAGAGAAAACUUACACAGAGCAGUUUAAUAAGAAUCUAUUAGGACGGUAUUGUAAAUUUCAAAGCAGCAGGCAAGAACAUCUACUAAGUUUUGAAAAUAUUUAGUUUUUAUCAAUAAGAGUAAGAAAUCCAUAAAGAAUAUGGUUUAAUAAAGAAAUAACAUUUUCAAUUA